AUGGAUGAACGCCACUGGUGGAUUGCCUCGAAAGUCGAGCAAACCUUUUGCAUUGACAAGACAUCUUCGACUGAUGCUUCAUUUACUGAAACAUUCUUUCGUCGACCAGACGUGCUAAGUAAAAUCAACAGCUUUCUCUGUGCCAAAGGUUCGAAUAAACUAUUUUUCUACACAACACGAGAUAAUCUCUAUGCCAAAGAGAUCAUCUGUUGUAACAAUAUCGUCGAUGAAUAUGUCCUCGUCAAUGAACCGCUAGAUAAUUUAGUUUUAUUAUUUUUUAUUCGGUCGGAUACGAGUUCCGAUGCAACAAUUUCGCCUGCAUCAGAUAUUUACUGUGGAGAAAUCAAACAUCCAACGCAAAUGACAUCAUUAUUAUACUCACAAACGUUGUUGCCUUUGUUUAAAAAAGAAUUAUCAACUAAUACACAUGACAGUUAUAACCAAACAUCCACUAAAACCGCAAUUGUUACUCAAAUGGAAAAACAAAUCGAUGGAAUCAAUGCGACGUGUCAUUCGUUACACAAAGACAAAAACUUACUAUUGAAACGUGCAGAUGCCGAAACAUUGCAUCAGCUAAAACAAACUGCACGCUCAACCACAGACAGUCCAGUUAUUCGCAAUUGCGAAACGUUAGUUCUAUCAUGGAUAACAACAAUCGAAAAUGUUCUUCAAGAUAUUUUCGGCGACGAUUCAAGUCAUCCGGCACUUGGCCCGUUGAGUGAAAUCGAACGAUGGACGCGUAAACAACGUUUGAUUAAUAAUCUACUUGAACAAUUGAAAUCGAAAGAAUGCAAAGCAGUCAUUGGUGCUUUGAUCACAUCGAAAUCGAAAGUCAUUCGAAAAUGGAAAGCAAUCGAUGUUUCAAUAACUGAAGCUCAAAAUGAAUGUCGGGAUAAAACGAAAUUUCUCGAAUCAAUUCGACGUUAUUUAGAGAACUUAACUGAAGAUGCUCAUCCGCAAAACUGUGCUGUGAAUAUUUUACCGGCAUUAUGUGAUGCCAUGCGAACGGUUGAAUCCGUUUCAAGAUAUUAUGCUCGACAAGGUUAUUUAGGCUUGAUUUUCUCCAAAGUAACGAAUCAAUUGGUGAAAAUCUGUAAACAUCAUAUCAAUGAUGACGAUUUAACGCAACUUUGGCCAAAGCUUUUUGAUGAAAUUCAAGCUGGAGGAUCGAUUGAUGAUAUCAAAGAGAACUUUCAUUUAGAUAAACGAGAUAUCAAACGUUUUCGUGAAGUUCCGAAAGGUUCGGUGCCAUCAGAAACCACUACAACUGGCGAAAGUACUUUUCAACGUCUAAAAAACUGUCUUCUAUUACUGGCAUCAUACAGAGAAACUUUUCACGCGUUAAGAGAUGCACUUGGCGGUGCUCAAAUGUUGGCAACAACUGCGUUUUCGUCGGCAUCAUCCACUGUCAGUGGCACAACGAGCUCUCAAAAUCGUGAUCUGAGCCAAUUACGACAGCAAAUACGACGGGCGAGUGGAGUAUUAAUGUCCGCAGAUGAAAAGAUCUUUCAAAAUUUGGAAGAUUUCUGUCGUCGGAUCGAACAGAUGAUUGAUAUGACAAUUACAUUAAAUCAAUUUUCUCAACUUAUUCGUACAACAGUUCGAUUACCGAAACCAAAACGAAAGGAUAUUCUCGAUGCUGAACAGCUUGCUAAUCGUACUGAUACUUCGACUCAUAAAGAUGAUCAUGGCGGCGAGAAUGCAUCUGAUGAAGGUAUUGACGAUGGCGAGAGUGAUUCAGGUGCUGCUCCUUACGAUUAUCUUCUGUCCACGGUGUCCAAAGCUGAUCUUGAUUUAAUAAAGAAACAUUAUGAAGAUGAAGAAGAGUCUUUACCUUUGAACGUUUUCAUUGCCAAUGGUGUUGAACAACUCAAAGCCUUGCUGGUCGAUACCACACCAUCGCCGGAUGAAGAAACAAAUAAGUUCGAUUUGAUACAUAAUCAGUUUGCUGCAAGUGCACGUGAACUUGAACAGUUACUUGGUGCUUAUAUUAAUGUGACAUUUUCGAAAACUAAACGAACACAAGAAGGUCUGGCGAUUCUCGCUUGUUUCGAACCGAUCUGCGAACGGAACUAUCUUCGUCCGAUACUCCGCGAUGCUUAUGUGAACUUAUUCUUAAAUUUCGAAAACGAUCUCUUGGAUAUUCGAACCAAUUUCGAAGCUCAAAAGGAUGAUCCACCCAUACCGCGCAAUGCACCACCCAUAGCUGGUGCAAUCGCCUGGUCGCGAACAUUGCUAACUAAAAUGGAGAAAUCUAUGGAUAUAUUUAAAACCAAUCGUCAUAUCAUUGCUCUUGGAAAUUUUCCAGUCAUAUCGAAACUUUACAAUCGUACAGCAAAAGCUUUGCUUGUAUACGAACAAUUGUUAUUAGCUCGAUGGAAGGAAAAACUUGAAAUAUGGAAAGAACAUUUGGAUACGAGUUUAUUGUGUUUAGUAAACGAUGAUGAUAAUAAUAAACAACUUCGAAUCAACUCAAAUUUGGAAUUAUUCUCAAUAUUCGAUGAAGCAAAAUGGUUUAAACGAUUAGAUGUCGAUAUUCCAAAGGCAGCCAUUGCUUGUAUACAAAAGGAACAAACGUUCAAACAAUACAAAUCUUUACUUGAAGAUCUUCUUAAACGAUUUCACGAUUUACAGUCUCAAAUAUAUCCGCCAUUUUAUCCGUUAUUCACUAGUCAGUUAGCUCAAAUCUAUCGAGCAUUCGAACCCGGUCUACAUACAAUCAAAUGGUCAACUCUCAAUAUCGAUGUGUAUAUUUCGAAAGUUCAUCGAGCACUCGACCGUUUCGAAACGUUCAUUCUGAAUCUCAAUGGUUUAAUUGCGGAGAAAAUCGAUAGUAUUCUUGACAAUGAUUUGAUCAACUCUUCAUAUUUAUUGUUCUCUCCGGAUUAUAUUCGAUCGAAAUUAUGGUCACCGGCGGAGUUUUACGAAAAUGUAUCAGCACAUAUAAACGAACAAGCAGAUUUGAUUGGUAAGAAGUUUUUCGAAGUGCAACAGCGAUUUCAAGAAGUCGAAGAAAUAUUGAAAUUGAAUACCUCGCAAAAAUCUCGAACGUCAACAUCAUCAACACGACGAACUAAGACACCAACGGCGCCCAACGAAGCUAUGCUGACAUUCAUACGUUAUUAUCAAGAUAAAAUGAUAUCUUGUGUACAAAAAAUAGUCGAACGUAGUUUGCAUGUCUUUGUCCGAUUAGCUUCAGUCGCCGAAGAAAGUUACCUGACCGAUCAAAAGAAGUUAGUUCGAGAAUUAUUCGAUGGACAAUCCAUCGAUGAACAAUUCAAUCAGAUUGAUACCGAACGAAUUAGAAUUGGUUGUACAAUGCAAUAUGCUAUUCCAGAGAUAAGUAUUGAUCCAGAACUAAUUCUCUGUCAGAAGUCUAUUCGUGAUGUUGCAUACGCGAUAAUGAAUUGCGAAAAACGAGUCAGUGAAUCGGCUGCUUUCGACAAUGACACAUCACAGCGCUUAGCAUCGACGAUUACAGCAGAUCCAUAUGUCGCCGAAAUCGUCAGUCGUUUAUCUUCCAUCGAUGCCGAUGUCACCCGUAUAUCUCAAAAUGCUGUUCAAUAUAUUCGCACAUUCGAUUUUCUUUGGCAUGAUGAUUCACAGUUGCAAUACCAGACGAUCACUCAACAAGACGAAGAUGGUGAUGACUAUACAAUUGUAAUUGAUCCGAAUGGCAUUCCAACGAGAGAAACUCGGCAAUAUCUUCAAGGUGAAUUGGAACGUCUUGUGCAUAUCGAAGAACGUUUGAACUUCUUUCCACACGAAAUUCAAAUUGGUUGUGUUUGCAUUGAAACAGUUCCCAUCAUUAAUUCUCUCCGAACAUUUAUCUUCAGUUGGAAAAGUCAAUAUGCGAAAUUAUUGCAUCGAUUUGCGAAAAGUCAAUUGGAUGAAGUGGUCGCCUAUCGACAACAAAUUCAAGAACGCUUCAAUGAUAAUGUAUCUACAUUGGAACAGUUGGAUGAAGCAUUGAUUUUAUUGGAAGAAUUGAGCGAAAUGGAAAACAAAAUUGAUUCGAUUUAUUUACCAAUUGAAACAACUUAUUCUCUAUUAACUCGAGUUUAUAACGUACCGAUUCCACGUGAUGAAUUGCAUGAAUGUUCCCAAUUACGGGAUAAAUGGUCGGCGUUGAUGUUAAAUGCUGAUCGCGUCCGAAAACUAUUAUUACAAGAACGUCGUCAACAAUUAGAACAAGAGUUGGAUAAACAAGUGAAAUCCUUCGUCGUGGAAGUGAUUCGCUUUCGAAAUGCAUUCGAUGUCGAAGGACCCAAUGUUCCUGAUAUUGCACCAUUGGAAGCAGCGAAGCGUCUGAGAGAUUUUCAAGGACAAUACAAAAUCAUGCAUCGGCGUAAACAAACACUAAAUUCGAUUUCUACGCUUUUUAGUCUACAACCCAAACAAUUCUCUGAAUUAGACAAAACCGGCGAAGAACUGGUUUUACUCGAUCAAUUGUACAUUUUGUACAAGAAAUACAUUGCAUUCGAUACAACAUUCCGUAAUACUCUUUGGUCGGAAGUGGAUCUGAUUCAAAGUCAAAACGAAUUGAAUGACCUAUGGACGGAGUUUUGUAAUCUUCCGGAAAAAUUACAGGAUCGAACGUGGACAGCUUACUAUGAUUUGGAAGGACAUUUGAGGAAAUAUCUCGAGUUAUUUCCGAUUUUAUUCAUUUUAAAUGCAAGGGAAAUUCGAAGUCGUCAUUGGUUGAAAGUGAUGCAGAUAACUGGAUGUCAAUUUCAAUUAGAAUCGAGUAUAUUCAAAUUGAAUGAUCUAUUAGAGAUUCCACUGGAUAAAUAUCGAGAAGAGAUCUCCGCAGUGUGCUUUUCGGCACAAAAGGAACUGGAAUUAGAAACGAAAAUGCGAAGUAUUGAAGAAGAAUGGACGGAACAGAUUCUUAGUUUUGAACCGUACAAAGACUACGGUUCAGUUCUAUUGGAAAAACGCUAUGUUGAACAUCUGCUCGAACAUUUAGAAGACGGCGAAGAAACGCUUGCACAAAUGUUAACAACACGAUAUAUUGAACCAAUGCGUGAAGAAGUUGCCUCUUGGUCGGAUAAGUUGAAGACCAUUGGGGAAAUUCUUGAACUUUGGCUUGAAGUGCAAGAUAUGUGGUUAGGAGCUGAGAGCAUAUUUAAUAAUCCAUCAGCAGGAAAAGAUAUUUCAUUAGAAUCGAAACGAUUCGUGCGUGUCGAUAAAACUUGGUUGAAAACGCAACGACAAUCAGCGGAAAUUCGAAAUGUUUUACAAUGUUGUUUAAGUGAGCCACCAAAGAAAGGUAUUCUCAGAGAAAUGCAAAAAGAAUUAGAAAUAUGUAAUAAAUCCAUUGCAUUAUAUUUGGAUCGAAAACGUCAACUAUUUCCUCGAUUUUAUUUUCUUACCGAUCGAACGUUGAUUUCUCUAUUAAGUCGACAAGACACAAUUAGUUACAUAAAACCACAUUUUCGUUCGUUGUUUAACGGUAUUGAUGAUUUGAAAAUAGCUGUGACUACUCUUGACCAACCAAAAAUCGAAAGUGGACGACGAAGUGCAGCGAAUAAUGGCGAUUCGCGUUCUCAUAUCGAUAUCACCCUUUUAAGUCAACAUGAUAUCGAACAAGUUCUAAGUGAUGAUGGCGAAUGUCUACAAUUGAUGCACACGGUUCCAUUACGAAAAUCUGUCGAACAAUGGCUUGCCCAAUUACAAGAAACAGUUGCAGAUACGAUUCGAAACGAUGUUGCUUCGUGUAUCAAAGACAUCGAUAGUGGUUUACCGUUCGACGAGCUCGUUUCGAAAUACACAUGUCAAGUAGCAUUAGUAGGCUUAUUAUAUGCUUGGACACGUGAAAUCGAGACGGGUAUGAUUGAUUCGAAAACUGAUCGAAAGGGUCUACAAGCAGCAUCGAAACGAUUCUUAACAUCAAUUCAAAAGAUGUCGUCUGUACUAACACGAUCACAAUGGAAAACGCCAACACAACCCGUUUUACCUAUACAUAAACUACGUUUAGAAGGAGUUCUAUCCUUCGUUGCCUAUUUACGUGAUAAUAUCGAAGUUGUCUGUUCACGGCGCCGCGAUUUAUCUGCCAAGGAUUUCGAUUGGCGACGAUGUUUUCGCGUGUAUCAAGUAACACCAUCGCCGCCAUUUCAGAAAGCCGAACGAAAAACGGCCGAUAGUAGUGCCGUGGCAACACCUGCACCUGCUGAACCAGUCCGAAUGCAAGUGUUAGAUGAUGUUUUUACUUAUGGUAGUGAAUUCUAUGGUGUUCAUCAAACGCUAUGUAUCACACCGACAACAGAAAAGUGUUUUCUUGGCAUAUGGGUUGCACUGUCAUUUAAACGACCUGUACUUCUACAAGGCAAAGCAGCAGUUGGAAAAAUGUAUACAAUAACGAGUUUGGCUCGUUUUCUUGGUCGAUUUAUCGCUACUUUCGAGUGCUCUCAACAUGUUGAUCCAUCUGCCGUGGCUAUGUUUAUCACCGGAUUGGCCACGGAUGGUUGCUGGGGAGUCUUUCAUAAUAUUCAUACUCUAUCUGCAAAUGUUUUAUCGUCACUGGCGGAGUACGUCACAGUUGUCUGUGAUUCGCUUCGAGCAAAUAAUCCAUCGGCUACGAUUAUUUCUGAGAACAGAGAGAUCGCCAUUCAACCAUCGAUAGGAAUCAUGGCAACCAGAAAUCCAUAUGCUCUUGAUCCUAACAAUGACCAUCGUAUGGUUUUAUCAUCUGAAAUACGUUCUCGAUUUCGUAUUGUUUCAUUGGUUAAACCUGAACUUGACCAAAUUUUCCGCAUCAAAUGUUUCGAACAUAACCUCAAGAAUCCCAAUAAUAUUGCAGAAAAAAUCUCGCUUCUUUACGAAUCUAUUCGUUUAUAUUUACCAAUUGAGCAACGUUCAAUAAUAUCCUUAACAUCGUUUCUCGAUCUACUUCAGUACGUUAAUAAUUUGAAAAAGCGUAGCAAUUCAAGACCAAACAGUAUGACAUCCGGUGGAAAUAAAAUCGAUGAAGUUCGACGAUCCCUAACAAUCAAAACAACAUCGUACACCGGCACUAAAUCAGAUCAGUUCCUUCUAGCUCAACUGUUCAUUGAUGUCAUCGGUGCUCGAUUAGAUCCCGAGCAUGCGAAGACUUUCCGUGUAUUCGUUCUCGAUAUCUUCGUUGGACGUGACGAAGCAAAACUGGCCGCAAUGAAUACUACCGGCGCAAUCUUAGAGAAAAUUAUCAGUGACAAAGCACCAGAUCAUGAUUUUAUUCCUAAAAAACUUUGGAUAGCUAAAUGCACACAAAUGAUUCACGCAGCGAAUGUUUCGAAAAAUAUGAUACUAUGUGGCUCACCCUAUAGCGGCAAAUCCAGUGCAGCAAUGUUAAUGAUCGAUGUUCUAACACAAAUACAACAACAGCAACAAUUACUAUCCGCGUAUCAACAACAAAAGUCAAGCUCAAUCAGUCAAGAAGCCAAUUAUACACAAGAAUCAGCUGGGCAAACCCAUAAACUUUAUCGAAUCAAUCCAUUAGCUAUUGAAUCGGAAAGCAUCCUUCUUGGUUACUAUUCCUUAGCUAAUGAAUGGCAAGAUGGUAUUCUUACUACGAUGUUACGCAAAGCAAACCGAAAUUGCCACAAGAGUUGGUUUUGUUUCGAUGGAAGUAUCAGCCGAACAUGGGCAGAUCUACUUCCAUCAAUACUGGAGAAAGAAGCAUCAUUACAAAUACGUACUGGGGAUAAAUUAUACCUUCUCGAUCAAGUGAAGUUUAUGUUUGAAACAUCCGAGUUAACCGAUGCGUCGCCAGCAUUUAUUGCGAAUUCAACAGUUAUCUACUUCGAUAAGUCUGUUAUCGAUUGGAAAGUUCUUGCUGGUACUUGGUUGAAAGAUCGACGUCAAUUAGAAUGUCUUCGAGGAGCAUUCGAUCGAGUGAUGGAUCCCGUGCUAACGUACCUUCGCGAAGAAUGUCCAAGGUCAAUUUAUUAUUCGGAAAUGAGCUUAUUUGCCAUCGCACUUCGCUUAUUGGAUGCAAUCUUGCUUGAGAAUACGCAUAUUACAACUGAUGUUCACAUCGAACGCUUCUUUAUUUUCUGUUUGACAUUUGUCUUGAAAAUUAUACUUAAUCCUGAUGAACAAAAAGGUUAUUCAGAUUUGCUGAAGACUGUAACAGCUGUUCUACCAGAUGAUGAUCGCGAAAUAUCAGUCUUUGAUUAUUAUGUUGACGAAGCUUGUGAAUGGGAUCUUUGGACUGCGAAGGUUGAAGAAUUGAAUGAAAAUAUUCAAGAUCGUAUUGACAUAUUCGGCAAUGUUCUUGUGCAAACAGUUGACUUAGCCCGUGCACAUUACUUUUUGAAAUAUGCUGCAAUGGCGCAAGUUAAUAUUUUACUUAGCGGGACAACUGGCUCGUGUAAAACAUUCCUCCUCGAUACGUUUCUCAGUGGUUUAGAUACUACUCAUUUUCAAACGACUCGAACGAAUUUUUCCAAAUCAACUAAUUCAGCCGAUCUACAAAAGAUUAUCGAAGCCAAUGUUGUUCAUCGACAAGGUUUUACAUAUGGAGCUCCACUAGCCAAGAAGUUCUGCUUAUUCAUUGAUGAUUUACAAGCAUCAGCAACAGCCAAAUUAGAUAAAUUCAAAAAUGCACCUGAAUUUCUUCGUACUCUCAUUGAUCAUCGUCAAUUUAUAACACAACAGAAACCAUACGAAACACGUAUUAUUGAUGAUCUUUUCGUCUUUGCCACAGCUACCAUUCCACCCACUGGCGAACAAUCAUUACUAACCCAGAGUCCGCGAUUGUUGCGUCAUUUUGUAAUUGUUAAUCUACCAGCAUCGGAAGCAUCACUUCGUCAUAUACUGACAAAUGUCAUCGAUGUGAAUAUGAUGAGUUAUGGCAAGACACCAAUGGAUCACGAUGUCUCAACGAAAAUCGUCGAUGUUCUCAUGGAUACACUUCGACAUAUUCAACGUGUCCUUCAGUCGAGUUCCGUACCUGGAAGAGAACACUAUCUAUUUUCUUUACGAAACAUGCUAACGUCAAUCCAAAGCUUGCGACUAAUUGAUGUCGAUUUGAGAAAUGAUAAGAAUUUCGUCGCACCGUUUCUUAAACAUGAAUUAUUUCGAAUUAUUUACGAUCAACUUACAAGAGAAAUGGAUCAGUACUGGUUUAUCGACACAUUGAAUGAAGUCUUUCGAAAUACAUUUGGUUGGACAAAAAGUGAAGAGGAUCAUCGAUAUAUAACAUUCCAAAUUGAUGGAAGAAGUUAUGAGCGACCACUAACGUCGUUGUUUGUCAAAGAGAUCAAAACUCAAGUUCAACCAAUGGAAUCUUUGAGUGCACUUCGUAAAAUAAUUGAUCAAGCGGCUUUACGCUAUAAGGAAGAGCUCGGACAUAAUACAUCGGCGUUGACCGUUUCCGAAAAUACAGCUUUACAUAUUAUACGCAUGCAUCGUAUCCUUUCUCAUCCGACUUUGAGCAAUCUGUUUGUUAUUGGUACGGUUGGCUCGCAUUUAUCAAAAUUGGUUCGAUUAGCAUUCUAUUUCGCUGAAAUUCAAGAAUAUACAAUUGAUUAUUCAAAUAAGAGUCUUUUUUACGAUAGUCUGAAGGCUGUGAUUCGCACUGCAUCCGUCGAAGGACGACACAUUGGUGUUCUACUUACAUACAAACACUUACGUGAUCCAGACAUCAUCGAUGAUAUCUCAUCUUUAUUGACAAGCGGUGAAUGUCCGCAUCUGUUCAGCGGAGAUGAACUAGAAGGACUUUAUCAGGCGGUGAUCAAUGCAUAUCAACGUGAUCAUGAUGUGUCGAUUGCUGUGUUAACUGAUCCACGACGAUGCUUUCUUACCCGUGUUCGUCAAAAUCUUCAUGUAGCUAUAUGUUUGCCAUCACAUAGUGAACUACUGAAGAAUCUCUCCUAUGAAUAUCCGGGCUUGCUCAAACAUACUCAAGUUUACUGGAUAAAGAACUGGACAAAAGCAGCACUGAACACUGAAGCAUCUCAUUUUCUUUCGUCACAUGAAACACUCUUCUCCGAUGAUCUUCAUAAGCGUUUAUCGCAAUGCCUGUGUGACAUCCAUUAUUUUAUGCUCGAUGAAUCUCGACAAGUUCCGUUUGUCGGUAGUACAGAUCGAACGAUAAUCAUUCGGGAGAAUCCAGUGAAUCAAAACCACCCGUUAACAAGCCGAUCAACGUCGUCCCGCGAACAAGUUUCUACGAAAAAAAAUGUGAAUAAAGAAGCGAAAAUCGUUGAUAUUGAACUACCGAAUUAUCCGUAUUCGCGAAUGCUUUUACACGAACAAAUUAAGAAUCAUGGCGCAGGAAAACCUUUUACUACAUCACCACUCCAUACAUUUAUUGGACCAGAAACAUUCACACGUUUUAUGCAAUCGUUCUGGUAUCUAUUUACUUCGAAAGCAGCUGUCUGUGAGCGUGACAUCAUUCGAUUAAGAAAAGUGCUUAGUACUUUGAGCAAAACUCGACAGAAUGCCGAAGAAAUGAAAGAGUAUAUUCAACAAUUAAAAGACCGAUGUUUGGAUAGUGAAAAGGAAACAGCUGUUCUCUUAGAAGAAGUUAUCUACAAAUCGAUGGUUUUGGAAAAAUUACGCGCGAAGUAUGCUCUGCCGGGAUGUUUACCAGGUUAUAUUUAUCGCGAUGAAAAAGAAGAUUUCAGUUUACCCGAUGGAGACAAAAAGACGCUUUUGGAAGAUGAAGCUGAUGAAUAUGAAGAAGCAUUCAAGAGAAUGAAAGACGAUUCAUUACGAUCGCGGCAAGUGAAAAUGCAAGAAGAACAUGACGAAGCAGUACGAGAAGUUGAGCAGUGGCGUGAAAAAUUAGCAGAGAAACGUAAAGAGGUCGAACAUUGGAAGAGUAAAGUUGACAAAUCAUGUAUUGAACGUAUUCGAACAUUUCAAACACCGCCCAUUCUUAUCGGAACCAUUAUGGAGAUGGUUCUAAUAUUGAUUGCUCGAAAACCUCCUGUUCGUUUUGAACAACGCGAGCAAGAACGCGAACGAGGAAAACUACAAGCCGAACGUCUUGAUCGACAUCAGUGGAAACAAUAUACAGCACAUAUGGCUGAUAUUGCUAAAUUUGUGGAUAUUUUGCAUGGCUUAGAUUGGCAAGAUGGUCUCAAUCUCGAUAUUUCAAAUGCGGUGGAAUCGUACAUUGCCAAAGGAAAGGAUGGAAUAUCAGAUGGAAUUACGGGUGAAGGUACUCUAUUAGAAAACGCCAAAAAUUUUCACGUGCCUCCUACACGUGCAACUGCAGCACAAGAGAAUCGCAUAACUUUAGGAGCUGCUCGUUAUGCUUCGGAAGAAGCUGCAAUACUCGUUCAUUAUGCUAUUGCUUUAGUGGAAUAUACAAAAAUCUGUCAACCGUUACGAUUAACGAAAGAAAAAGUCGAACAACUCAAACAAGAAUUAAUCGAAGCCGAGCAAAAACGAAUCGAACGAGAAACUGAAAUUCGCCGAUUGAAACUCAUGGAAGAAACACUUCAUAACGCCGAUAUCAGUGAAGAAGAUAGUCGUUUAGUUGACAUAUCACAAUAUACAUUGGAUGAUAUAUCACGUUUAACUAGUCAAUUGGAAGAGGCACAAACACGUUUUGAUGCUGCAGCAGUUAAUAAAAACAAACUAAGAAAAGAAUACGAAAGUUGUCAAUCACGUUUACAAGCAGCGUUAAAUGUUACACAGAGACGAGAUCAAUCCGCUCGACCACUUGAUGAGAGCGUCUGUUUAUCUGAUUUGGAAGAUCAAUGGACGAAAUGGAUUACAGAACACUCAACACAUGAUCAAACCUUAACGAAUUGUAUAUUAGCUGCAGCCUAUAUGACAUACUGUUCAUCAUUAGACGCUGAUUUGAGACGCAUUUUCAGUGAGAAAUUCACGAAAUUCUGUGAACAGUAUGAAAUUCCUCGCGAAUCGGAUUUGAUUUUUCAAUCAAUUCCAAUGGAUAGUGUUUCGAAGAAUAGCUUCGAUCUCUCAUUUUCUAUGAUCAAUCAAUCGCUAGAUUCCACGAACAAUACUUAUCGUAAUAACCAAGUGAUGACACUGGCAGAAUUUCUAUACAAUCCGAUUGAACUGAAAGAAUUUCAAUUACUCCGUCUCAUUCCAACUGAUAUCAUUACCGAAAAUGGCUGUGUAAUCAUGGCAGACGCAGGUAUCAAUGCUUGGCCACUUAUAUAUGAUGCCACAUGGUACUCUAUCGAUUAUAUUCGAUUGUUUUCAAAGAACAAGAAACUAUUGAUCGUUCGACAUCAUCAACUACGUACACAAUUAGAAAAUGCUCUUUCGGAAGGUCACCAUUUGCUCAUAACUGAUUGCGACACGAAUACUUUGAUGAACAAUGAAAAACUCGAAACAGUUAUUCGAAAUCAAGCACGGUUUUUCUCAAGCGAGAAACCAUUCAAAUUACAAUUAGGCCAACAAGAAAUCGAAUGUAGUCCUAAAUUCCGGCUUUAUUUGCAUACAAUAAUACAACCGGUAUUCAUUCCAAAGGAAUUAGCUGCUUACACAUUGAUCUUGAAUUAUCAUUUGACGCUGAACGAUCUGGAAGAAAUCUUUUUAAGUCGAUUCAUGGUCAAAGAAAAACCGCAUAUCGAUGUUGAACAAUAUACAUUGUUACAGGAAAAAGUUGAUACAUUGAAAAUUAUUGAUCCAUUACGACAGAAUAUUACAAAUUAUCUGGCAUCAGAUACGAUCAAUCUGCUACAAAGCGUCGAACCAACGAAACGCUUGUCCGACUUGAAGAAAGCGUAUGACGAAGCUAUCGAAGGAUCGAAGCGAGUGGCGUUACAAGAAGAGAGUCUAUUCAAAACUCGAAAUAGCUAUCGAAGAUUAGCUUUACGCGCUGCCACAUGCUAUAACACCCUACAUUAUUUACAACAACUCAUUCCGGAAUAUGUGAUGCCACUGGAACAUUUUCUCGAUUUGUUUGAUAGUUGCAUCUUCCAAUCUGAAAAACAUUCGAUGAAUAAUGUCAUGACUGAUUUAACGAAGAGUGCAUAUAUGACAAUCUAUCGAAUGUUGAAUGAUCGCGAUCGACGUGUGUUUUCGAUAUAUUUUGCCAUGGAGAUUGAAUCGUUCAAUCGUCGUCAAAACCAACAAUUUGACUCGAAUCUUCCAUCGGGUGAACGAGAAUUCAUUGUUUCACCAGCAUGGGCUGCCACAUUACUACAAAAACGGUCCGCUCGGGCAUCGAAUGAGCAUCGUUUUCUAUCCUAUAAAAAGCCGUUCGAUUGGAUGACUGAUGAGGCAUUUCAAAAUCUUCAAUACUUAGCAAUGUUUUUUGAUUGGUUUGCUGAUCCAUUUGAUCGCAUGGUCAAAGAAGUUCAAGAAGUGAAAUGGCGUCCAUUCUGUGAAGGUGAUACUGAAAAUUGUAUAUUUCCACCUCCACUUGAACAGCUGGAACCAAUUCAAAAGUUCUGCGUUGUACGAGCGAUCAGAAGUGAUCGAUUGAUUCAAGCAUCAACUGUCUACAUUUCGAAUGUGUUUCAACAAGAUUCAAACAAACCGAAAGCCGUUGCACAAGAUCAACAACAACAUCAUCCACAACAAACAUCUUCUCGUACACCAACUAUACCAGUUAUACCAACACUUCAACAAGAUGUUGAUCUUAUGCUACGUCAAAGUAGUCAACGAUCUGUUUUAUUACUAUACGAUGAUGAACCCGAUGAAGUGAUUAAUUAUUUCAAUUUCUGUACAAAUUCCAUUUCGACCGACGCAACAACGAUUGCGCCAACAAUUCAAAUCAUCAAUGUUUACGGAACUGGUGCAAGAGAAGAACGUAUUUUGAAAAAAAUACUCAAAAAUGCUAUUGCAAAUAAUGUUUGGCUCCUUCUCCAUGGUCUACAUAACAACCCUUCAUUCUUGUCUCAUGUUGAAACAUCACUUUGGGAACUUCGUUUAAAACGUCCGACACCAAUGCCUCGUAUCUGGCUUAGCAUUCAGCGUACUUAUUCGUUUCCAUCUUCAUUAUACGAUCUCUGUUUAAUAACUUACGUUCGCACACCAGUAUCAAUGAAAGAAGCAAUAACGCGAGCAUUUUCUAUCAUUGACAAUGAUCUGCUUCGCCAUUCAUUAAAAUCCGAAUGGCUCCCACUAUUGCACAACAUUUGUUACAUCCAUUCAACACUCAAUCUUCGUGCACGAUACGGUCACGCUGGAUGGGAUAUUCCAUCACUAACAACAUUUACGAAUGUCGAAUUAACUUCCGCGUUUCAAGUUGUUGCAAGAGAAUUUGCUCUAAGCGACCAAUCAGCAACUCGACUGGAUUCGUCGGCAGCAAAUGCCACAGCGUUGAAUGAAACCAACGCUCGACAACUAUCGUGGUCUUCGAUGCGAUAUACUCUAUCAGAAUUGAUUUACGGUGCUAAAGCUUUGAGUGAAUAUGAUCAACGAGCCAUUUCGAAUAUUGUCGAUUUCUGGAUUCAACCUGGAUCUGUUCGAAAAGACUUUGAGUAUUCCAAAAUCAAAUACAAGAUUCCAUCAAUAUUUUUUACACAACAGCCAAAACUAAGCCAAUUACUGCAAGCACUCGAAGCACUUCCAACACAUCAGUUUGACGUUGCGGAAACAUGCCAUCUUCAUUCAAGUUUUGAAGCAAGCACGGGCGAUGAUAUUUUCAUUCUCAAUCGGCUUAAUCGAAUAUUAGAUGCAUUGCCGCCGAAUGUGUCUUUGAAUGCAUCUAUUUUUCAACGACCAAAUACACCAAUCGAAGAUGUGACCAUCAAUACAUCAUUUUCUUCGUCAAGUGGAUUAUGGAACUCAUUUAGUUCUUCAGCAUUGCAUUCUUUUUCGGCAAAGAAGAAUCAGGGAUUAGAAGAAUGUUGCGCGUCUAUAUUAGCUACGAAGUUACCGAAAGUUUUAACUAAAGAUCAAAUCUUAGAUCGUGCACGUCGUAAUGGAUCACCACUAACAAGUCCUUUCAAUGUAUGGAUAAUACGUGAAGCAGAAUUAAUAACAGAUCUUGUGAAUCUUAUUCGUACUCACGUACAAUCGAUCAAAACUGCCUGUGAUCUAAGUCAAUUAGGCGUACAUUGGUCACAAGAAUUAGCCGAUGUUGCUCAUGCUUUGUAUUAUCAACGUAUACCUGAUGUUUGGUGCGAUGCAAUUGGGUUAAGUGCACCACCACCAAUCUGGGGUUUGACGAACUUUUUCGUCGAUUUAAACAUGCGGGCAGAACAUAUUGAAAAGUUGUUAACCAAAGGUCGCGAAAAACAUCCAGCAUUCAAUAUAUCGGCAUUCUUCAAUGCGUCAGCGUUGUUUGGUAUCUAUAAACAAGAAAUUGCACACUCACUAAACAUUUCUGAUGAUUCAAACAAUAGUUCCCUUAUGUUUCAAUGUGAACUAACACCACGCGAUCGAGAACAUAUCCGUGAAGCACCAAAAGACGGUCUCUUCAUUUACGGUCUUUACUUAUGGGGAUGCAGUGGAGAUAAAAAUAUCGUCGAGCAUGGUAUCUCUGAUGCACCGACAAGAAAUCGAGAAGGAUGCUCACUCAUGCCCGUCAUACAUUUAACAUGUGUACCAACAGAAAAAGCGGCACCAGUUGUUGCACAACCACAAACUCUAACGGAUACGACAGGUCCAAAUCGACCGACAACAACCGAUACAUAUUCAUGUCCAAUAUUUCCGAAGCGCUGUAUGGAGCGACGUAAUACAGAAGUCAUUUGUGAAUUAGAAUUAUGGAAAAAGACAACGGUUAUUGGUCAAGCAUCACGAUGGGCCUGGCGUGGAAUUUGCAUGACUGUUAAACCUUAUUAG